AUGCGUGUGCUUCGUCAAGGCGCUUAUCUGUGCCCUAAAGCGCUUCUAACAACCCACUUGAACUGUCCAUCUUCAUCAGCGCUGAUGGGAAUCUCACCGCAUAAACAGGCAUUCUUCAUUGUCGGCAAAAUUGUCUUCUUCACAACGGAUCGUUCGAAAGUAUCGAAGUGCGGUGGACGUUUCAAUAGUCCGAUCACUGCGAUUACAGUUGGGAAUUUAAGACACUCUGAUAAGGAUGAAGUGAUUGCGAUCUCGGCGGAUGGUCUGCUACAGUCAAUGUCAUUCCCAGUCUAUGAUGAGAAUACCCUCUAUCAACCGAGUAUUCUGUUCGAACAGUUUCUGAAUGCAAACAUUUGUGCAGCACAGAUAAUUGAUAUUGAUAAUGAUGGUCUUGAUGAAAUGGUUGUUAUUAUGACUGAUCGAGUUGUUCGAACAUAUCGUUUCAUUGAGGGUCGUUUGAGAACGUUGAAUAAAUGGGAAGUGCCAUCACAAAUUUAUGCGCUAUCCAUUGGUGCGACUCGAUGUGGUCGUAUUUACGCACUGCUUGGACAGCUUCAACAAAGGUAUGUUGUGAAAAUAGAAUUCGCGGAAAAGAAUUGCAUGAUACUGCCGCAAACAAUGUCACCAGAGAAUUUUCACAAUGAAUUGGAUAUACCAAUGAAUCCCGUACAAGUGACAUUGGUCGGGAAAGCUAUCAACAAAUUAUUCAUUGUUAAUCCAGAUUGUAAUACGGAGAAUGAAUUGAAGACUGUCGGCGGUGAUAUUGUAUGUGUUUCAACAACAACCCUAUCGAAUGGUAUACGUUUGAUUGUGACGGUCGAUAUGAAUGGAAUUUUGCUCGUAUAUGGCUGGAGAGACAAUCUGGUACCACAAUCUGCACCACUGGUUCGUUGUCAUAUUCUACCAGAUGUGCAGUAUUUAUCGACAAUAUCUGAUGAUUAUGAUGAUAAUAAGUUUUUUGUCGCAAUUUCAACCGUUUAUUGCAAGGUUGCAAUUUAUCAAAUUGAUAUUUCGUCGAUUGUUCAAAUCAAAAAACAUUAG